CAACAAAUGAAGAGAUAAUAAUAUAAAAGCUCGCACACAGUUUUUCUAUUUUCCACCGUAUCAGCAUCAGUCACCUUCCUCACCAACAUGUCUCCGUACCUCGCGGUCGCCAUCUUCCAUCCUCGCUAUGGCAACUUCCAGCAUUGGGCCCUCCAUCUUCACUCCGACACCGACGAUCACCUGUUCGAAGUCGACGGGGAACACCCAGGUUUCACCAAAGUCACUUCCCACGUCCACCCCCGGAAUAUCCCCAUGUACAUCCAGUCAAUCAGGGUCUCGGACAUUGGCAACGUGGACAUCCCCACUAUCCAGGCUGUCGUGGACGCCGCCCUGGUAGACAACGAGACCCUCGAGUGGGACUGCCAGGACUACGUGCUCGAACUCCUCGAGGGGUUCGAGUGCGAGGCGGUCAUCGAUGAUGAUGACCCCGAUUAUCUCGAGGCAAUCGAGAUUCUUCGCAGUAAGCGGGGUCCGAUCCUAUGAUCCUCGGUCCUAGCGUGCAACGGUGUACAAAGAACGGAGGAACCGACAAAGGAAAGGCACCCAAGAUC